UGCAAUGCGGAAGAUACAUCAUCAGAAAACUGUAGCUGUGAUAAACCCAUUGUGCAGAUGAAUAUACUUCUUGUUCUUCUUUCUUUCAUUGACCAAAACAAGCCCUUAAGUUCGUGUUCUUCUUUUUCUCUGAUUCAGAUUCCAUGUUGUAAAAGAUUAGCCUGAGAAACAGAGCAAGUUCAUUCAACAUUGUGUUGUUGUGUCAUCAAAUUCAAGCUCAGUGGAAGGGAUAUUAUAAGAAAAAAAAUGGAGAAACCAGCUAUGUCAAUUGAAGAAGUUGUGGCGGAGAUCAUGAGAAUGCAUAGAUCUUUGCCUACAAGGCCAGCGAUUGAGGAAGUGGAAGCUGCUAAAACGCUCAUUAGAAACGUUGAGAAGGAAGAUCAAGCCAGGAUUGAAGCAAUUUCCAGGCAAAUUAAAGCUAAAAAUGUCCCAGAUGAAUUGUUCAAGAUAUUGCAGGAGAUGCAGAAGAAUAUGGUUUAUUUUCAGAGCAAGGAACAGCAGAGGGAGGCUGUUAAGCUGUUGGAUCUCGAACACGUCCACUGCGUGUUCGAUGAUUUGAUUCAGAGAGCUUCUAAAUGCUUGUCUCCUUCGGGUUCUUCUCAAUCCAAUGCUAAUAAUGAGUCUUUAUCAUAUUCCACGAGUUAUUCGAGGGAUUCGAGCAGUAUGUCCUUGUCGACUUCAGCAUCGUUUUCCGGGAAUAGUAUUAACUCUCCGGCCACUACCACGACAAAUACGAGCACUGCCACGACGUCGUCGUCGUUGUCAACGUUUUAUAAUGAGAAGGAUAUUGUGAAGGCUUCUGAAUUGUUUAGUAAAGAUGACAGUUAUCUGAAGAAGGCGAAGGCCACGUUUCAUGUGGAGGGAUUGAGGGUUGGACGGCGAUCUGGGGAAUUUUCGACCACACCCCAGAUAGUUGACUCAACUCUAAAGCCGGUUAUUAAUGUUGGUCAAGAGGGUGAAAAACUCAGUUUGAUAAAGCUUGCUAGCUUAAUUGAAGUAUCAUCAAAGAAAGGAACUCGGGAACUUAAUCUUCAGGGGAAGUUGAAGGACCAAGUAGAAUGGCUUCCUGAUUCCUUGGGGAAGCUAUCGAGUUUGAUCACCUUGGAUUUGUCACAGAACCGAAUCGUUGCUUUACCAGACACCAUAGGAGGCCUGUCCUCAUUGCAAAAGUUGGAUUUGCAUUCAAAUAGGAUAAUUGAAUUGCCAGAAUCUAUUGGAGAUCUGCUUAACUUGGUGUCUCUGAACGUGAGUGGAAAUCAGUUAAGAUCGCUGCCAGCUAAAUUUGCUAGAUUGGUCCGCCUUCAGGAGCUUAAUUUGAGCUCCAAUUCACUCUCAGUGCUUCCUGAUACGAUAGGUUCCCUUGUCAGCCUGAAGACUUUGAAUGUUGAAACUAAUGAUAUCGAGGAGAUUCCUCAUACUAUCGGACAGUGUUCUUCGCUCAAAGAGCUCCGGGCAGACUAUAACAGGCUUAAAGCGCUUCCAGAAGCUGUGGGCCGAAUUGAAUCCCUUGAGGUUCUGGCUGUACGAUAUAAUAACAUAAGACAAUUGCCAACUACAAUGGCAUCCCUUUUGAGCUUGCGGGAGCUUGAUGUUAGCUUCAAUGAGCUUGAAGCUGUGCCUGAGAGCCUAUGCUUUGCUACUACACUAGUGAAAAUGAACAUAAGCAACAAUUUUGCAGAUCUACGGUAUCUUCCGAGGUCCAUUGGCAAUCUAGAACUUCUUGAAGAGUUAGAUAUGAGCAAUAACCAGAUAAGGAUCCUUCCAGACUCUUUUAGGAUGUUAUCUCGGUUACGCGUCUUGAAUGUUGAAGGAAAUCCUCUAGAAGUGCCACCAAAAAAUGUUAUUGACCAGGGUGCUCAGGCUGUUGUUCAGUACAUGGUUGACCUUGUUGCGAAGAGGGAUGCUAAGCCGCAACCAGUCAAGCAGAAGAAAUCUUGGGCUCGGAUAUGUUUCUUUUCAAGGUCCAACAAACGCAAGCGCAACGGUAUGGAUUAUGUAAAAGCCUAAUGCGCAGCAGCAUGAUCUGUCUUGGUCAAUCAAGCUGUGAUUGGGUUGUGACAUGAUGGCUGGUUUUCCAUAAUUCUACUAAACAAAAUCAUCCUGUCUUCAGAUAUGGCUUGAUCCUUGAUCCACGAUUUUUUUUUUUUCACCCUCUUUCUAAAUUCUUUGUUACUUGUUUCCUCUCUCAUUUACUUGUAACUUUUUACAUUCCUGACCAAAAGCGAGAUGUACAAUCUACCGGCAAAAAUGGGGAGAAAGAAGUAUUCAGCUUCCCCAAAAUUAAAAUUAAUGCAGUAUGAGGUUUACAUGUUUAUUUCUUUCA